CACUCGGGCCCUGCAGUCUCCGAGACCCACUGGAGCCCAACAAUCUCUUCGCGUGUGUCAGUUUCUCCUGCCGCUUUUAUCCUCCACCUCUCAUUUCUCCUCGCAUAGGGUUCCGGGCGUGUCUUCCAGGAACCCAAUCAAGAGAGACAUUUGUGCGAAGCUAGUACCAUCAGGGGUGCUCUGUGGGCCAUUUACGGAUGGGAGCUCCUGUCUUUGGCUAGACCUAUGAUCAUUCCCGUGAGGCUUCCCUGAAUGUUUUCUCGUGUCUUCCUUGUUCUUAAUCUUAAUACCUCAACAUGGAUCUACUACUUUAACUAAGACACGACCAGCAAUGAGUAGUAGUAAGAUAUGUGCUGAUUAGAAGGCUCACUUGAACAGUGUGGAGGAUAAGCAGUGCCUUACAAAAAUGGGGUUUGGGAGUGACCUGAAGAACUCACAUGAAGCUGUGUUAAAAUUGCAAGACUGGGAAUUACGAUUGCUGGAAACAGUGAAGAAAUUUAUGGCUCUGAGGAUAAAAAGUGAUAAAGAAUAUGCAUCUUCUUUACAGAACCUUUGUAAUCAAGUUGAUAAGGAAAGUACUGUCCAAAUGAAUUAUGUCAGCAAUGUGUCCAAGUCUUGGCUACUUAUGAUUCAGCAGACUGAACAACUUAGUAGGAUAAUGAAGACGCAUGCAGAAGAUCUAAACUCUGGACCCUUACACAGGCUUACCAUGAUGAUCAAGGACAAGCAGCAGGUGAAGAAAAGUUACGUAGGUGUCCAUCAGCAGAUAGAGGCAGAGAUGAUCAAGGUUACAAAAACAGAAUUGGAGAAAUUAAAAUCCAGUUAUAGACAGUUAAUAAAAGAAAUGAAUUCUGCCAAAGAGAAAUAUAAAGAAGCUUUAGCUAAAGGGAAGGAAACAGAAAAGGCCAAGGAACGUUAUGACAAAGCUACAAUGAAACUUCAUAUGUUGCAUAAUCAGUACAUAUUGGCACUAAAAGGGGCACAGCUUCAUCAGAAUCAGUAUCAUGACACCACACUUCCUCUGCUUCUGGAUUCCUUACAAAAGAUGCAAGAAGAGAUGAUAAGAGCUCUAAAAGGAAUAUUUGAUGAAUACAGCCAGAUAACCAGUCUUGUUACAGAAGAAAUAGUGAAUGUUCAUAAAGAGAUUCAAUUGUCAGUUGAACAAAUAGAUCCUAGCACAGAAUACAAUAAUUUCAUAGAUGUUCACAGAACAACAGCUGCUCAAGAACAAGAAAUUGAGUUUGAUACUUCCUUAUUAGAAGAAAAUGAAAACCUUCAGGCAAAUGAGAUCAUGUGGAAUAAUUUAACAGCAGAAAGUUUGCAAGUAAUGUUGAAAACUUUAGCUGAAGAACUUAUGCAGACACAGCAGAUGCUUCUAAACAAGGAGGAGGCUGUCCUGGAGCUAGAGAAGAGAAUUGAAGAGUCUUCUAAGACCUGUGAAAAGAAGUCUGAUAUUGUGCUUCUGCUAAGCCAAAAACAGACACUUGAAGAGCUGAAACAAUCGGUCCAACAGCUGAAAUGUACUGAGGCAAAGUUUGCAGCACAGAAAGAAUUACUAGAGCAAAAAGUACAAGAAAAUGAUGGAAAAGAGCCACCUCCAAUAGUAAAUUAUGAAGAAGAUGCAAGAUCAGUUACAUCUAUGGAAAGAAAAGAGAGGCUCUCCAAAUUUGAAUCUAUUCGUCAUUCAAUUGCUGGAAUAAUUAGGUCUCCAAAAUCUGUACUGGGCUCCUCAGCACUCUCUGAUGUGAUCUCCAUAAGUGAGAAGCCCCUGGCGGAACAAGAUUGGUACCAUGGUGCAAUUCCCAGAAUAGAAGCACAAGAUCUGUUAAAGCAACAAGGAGACUUCUUGGUGCGAGAGAGUCAUGGGAAACCUGGUGAAUAUGUCCUUUCUGUAUAUUCUGAUGGACAGAGGAGACACUUUAUCAUACAAUUUGUUGAUAAUCUGUAUCGAUUUGAGGGCACUGGGUUUACAAACAUCCCUCAACUAAUAGAUCAUCACUACACAACAAAACAAGUCAUCACUAAGAAAUCAGGUGUUGUUCUGCUGAAUCCUAUUCCUAAGGAUAAGAAAUGGAUUCUCAAUCAUGAAGAUGUCACAUUGGGAGAAUUACUAGGCAAGGGAAAUUUUGGUGAAGUAUAUAAGGGCACAUUAAAGGAUAAAACUAAUGUUGCUGUUAAAACGUGUAAAGAAGAUCUUCCUCAGGAAUUGAAAAUAAAAUUUUUACAAGAAGCCAAAAUUCUCAAGCAAUAUGAUCAUCCUAAUAUUGUCAAACUCAUAGGAGUUUGCACACAAAGACAACCUGUCUACAUCAUUAUGGAACUGGUUCCAGGAGGUGACUUCCUCUCCUAUCUGAGAAAGAAGAAGGAUGAACUAAAACUCAAACAGUUGGUGAAAUUUUCCUUAGAUGCUGCUGCUGGUAUGUUAUAUCUCGAGAGUAAAAACUGUAUACACAGGGACCUUGCUGCAAGAAACUGCCUCGUAGGUGAAAAUAACAUUCUAAAAAUCAGUGACUUUGGAAUGUCUCGUCAAGAGGAUGGUGGGGUAUAUUCAUCUUCUGGCUUAAAGCAGAUUCCCAUUAAAUGGACAGCACCAGAAGCUCUUAAUUAUGGAAGAUACAGUUCUGAGAGUGAUGUAUGGAGCUUUGGCAUCCUGCUCUGGGAGACCUUCAGCUUAGGGAUCUCUCCUUACCCUGGAAUGACAAAUCAACAAGCACGAGAGCAAGUGGAAAGAGGAUACCGGAUGUCAGCCCCUCAAAACUGUCCAGAGGAAAUUUCUAAAAUUAUGAUGAAGUGUUGGGAUUAUAAUCCUGAAAACCGUCCUACAUUCAGUGAACUUCAGAAAGAGCUUACCAUCAUCAAAAGGAAAAUCACAUAGUCACAGUGCCAAGCUCAGCCUUCAAGACUGUCCUCCAGCAGAUUAAUACUGUUGUUCUCGUUAAUGAUGAGUUUGUACCAUAUUGCUGGCAACCAUCCUGUAAGGUUAUUUUUUUUUUUAACUUUAAACUAUGUGAAAUGCAGACUUAUCCAAGAAAUAGUCCUACCAAGGCCUUUUUUGGCUAACCAAGCGAUCCUGCCAUUUCAGACCACUGUAAAUAGAAAAGCACAGGUUCUAAACAUGUGAAAAGUAAAAAAAAAGUCUUUCACACCUAGGACCACUGAUGUUUCUCAAAGAUUUUCUACAUCAGGCACAGUUUGUGGGCUACUCCUAUGCCACAGACCCUACUCAGUUGGUGCUAAAAGUUUUCACAUUCCAAACACAGCUGGCUUUCUACUCUGUCAAGGUGAGAGUCUGUCUGUAAAUAGACACUUGUAGGGGGAAUUAUUUGGAAUGCCCAUGAGUGUGGGGUUUUUUUGUUUGAGUUUUGACAGAAAUAAGCCCAGUAAGAAUCAUCAUGCUCCUCCACUGUCAAUUUCUUCAGUCUGAAUAUGAACUGUCCUUAGAGCACCCAAUUAAAGGAUGUUAGAUUGCUGGGACAGCAAGAAGUGUAACCAGGAAGGUAGUCUGGGGGGAAAGAGCAGCUAGAGUGGUGCUCAAAUUAAAGGAAAAUGUAAAGGCAUGUUUUAUAAAUCCAUGCAUGUCCUUUUUAAUGUUGUCUGAAUUCACCAAAAAGGCCCCAGGAGUCCACAGAGUCCUCUUAAUGGCAAGAAAAAUUUUCAAAGCUCUACCGGGUACAAGUCCAUAAAAGUGACAGUUAAGUAUCUUCCUCAUAGAAGGGUCAUUCCCCCAGUAGUACCCGUUUCCAGAGCUGUCAGAAGUCAUGGUUCUAGAUCAGUAGUGUGUAGACAUUCACAAAUAUUUGUGAAGUACAAGACGGGUGUGAAUUAAAUAGAUGGUUCAGAAAUCAAAUGAGUACUAAUAAGAAAGCCCUGAUCUUUCCACUUUUCUUCAUUUACCCUUAUGCUUCCUAGAUAUCUUCAGUAGCUGACAGGUGUGCAAGCACAGUGCUCAAAAUGUACCACCAUUAAAACUAAGAUUCUAUUGAGGUGAAUCUCGAUGCAUCCAGGCAACUUACCCCCCCCCCCGCAUCUAUAUGUAGGAGAUGGUCAUGUUUAGGGGUAAUGAUGACCUGGAAGUCUUUUAUAAGUGCUUGAGGCUGUGUCCAGAUAUCUAUAUCACCUUAGGAUUAUUGGGAAGAGCUUAAGAGAUAGAGCAUUCCUUUCUCUCACUAUUUGCUGCCUGUGAAUACCAUUGUGCAGAACUCAAGAGAAGAAUGACUUGUGUCCAUUGCAAAUAUCCUUGCAAAUUUUGUACCCUUUCAAUGAUUAGUACAUUCAGACCAAAAUGAAGGAAUAAAUUUGCCUUUAACGUUACAAAACAACUUCUUUUUAAUCAGCAUGGUUCUCCCUAAGGUCAAAUAUUAUAAGUACAUGGAACUUUCUUUUGAUAGUAUAUACCAUGAUAAUCCUCAGACUCGUGCAUUAAGUAGACAAGACAUUUCUACCCCUUUCCAUACUUCCAAGUGAAUCUGUUUUUAAUUUUUUUUUUUUAAAUAGCCAGACCCUGUUCACUUAGGCCUCAACACUAAGCUCUCAGCAAGGAGAGAGAAUAAUGGCUCUGACUUUAAUUUUGUGAACAAAACCCAAAGCUUAAUCCUUGCAUUCUGGUGUAAAGAAUGAACAUGGUAUUGGUAUUUCACUCACUCAGGCUGUUAGAAUUUGCAAUUCACAUCAUAACUGCUUAAAUUAAAAAAGCUUUUCAAAACAUCAUGACAUCUGCAGCAUUUAAAUUCUAUUUUAUUCCUUGUCCUGAAGCAGGCUGUGGUACAGUUCAAGAUUAAUAACUCAUUGGGAGUCUUUCAGGAUCAUAUCAGUUGUAUAGAAUAUUAAAUUUAAUAUAGGCUCAUGAAUUAAGAAAAGCUUAUGCAAACAUUUUUUACUGUUAAUUUUGUUAUGCUUGAAGCAUAAUUUAUUCAUCCCUUCUGUCACUGAUAAUUAUUGGAAUUAUGUACUUUAGGAGGCUAAUCCAUACCCAGAAAGCACACGAAUACUGUUCUGAAUUUGCAAGUUGAUUCAGGGGGAAAAGAGGGUUCAGAAAUUCACCAAAUCCUGUGAAUUGUUUAGUAAGAAAAUAGUUGUAACCAAAAUUUCCAGUGGUCUGAAUGUGACUCUGGUCAUAAAUCUUUGUUAUAUGCAACUCUUAGAUGAUCCAUUGAUAUCAGUAGUCUAUAGCUCCCUUCUUAAGUCCUUAAAUGCAUUAAUCCAUGAUGGGAGGUGUGGUAAGGACAGGCAGUCUGACUGUUACCUGCACUAUCGACCUGGAAUCACCAAGGAGUCUUGUUGGUUUUUUUUUUUUUUAAAUCACCAUUUAUUAUUAAUCUGAAUGCUAAAAUUUUGUAUUCCAUGUAAUCAGUUAUAUCUGAAAGCCAACAUUUUUUUUCUGGGAAAAUAAAUAAUAUUGGGUUUUAAGUUCUCAGAAACAGAUUUUAUUUCAGCUUCUCCUGCCACAACAUUCCUAGUGAAAAGACUCAUUUAUUUCUCUUCUCAAAUUUGUAUUGGCGAGGUUGUAGCUCAGUUGUAGAGUACUUGAAGCCUCACAUGCGUGAGGCCCUAGGUUGGAUCCUCACCACCAUAUGAAGAUAUUGUGUCCAUCCACAACUAAAAACAUUCUUUAAAAAAAAUAUGGGCAGUAUAGUGUUCCCCAUCCAUACUUCACCUAUUUCAAUAUUAAAAGAUUUCUUAGCUGAUCAGCAUACACAGGAGCCUACUUGUGUCAGGUGUUAUUCAGGAUUACUUAGAAGACAAAAUGUCAUUGAAAUAGUUCUGUUUUCCUGACCUUUACUUCAGUUUCACCAUAUAGUUUUAAAACAUUUAAUUGGUACCACUAAAAUAACUUGAAAGCCAUUUUUGUGAAGCCAGGGUAUGUAAAGUGCUCUAAUUGUAACAUAAUACACACUGAGUACCUUGUAAACAAAAAUUAGAAUGCAUGACACCUAACUGAACCAUAGUGACAUACAACAUGAGUUACACCACUUGAGAUGCUUUAAGACUGCAUCUGAACAGAUUUCCUAGUAUGUUUCAUGUAUACUAUUUACCUGAAAUCACCAAGGAGCCUUGGUGGGGGAUUUUUUUUUUUAAUCACCAUUUAUUACCAAUCUGAAAGCUGAAAUAAUUUUAUAUUCCAUGUAAUCAAAGUGGCUGUGUUCCUACAGUAGGAUUGAUAUCUGAGAAGAGUUGCCGCAAAGCUCUUUUUACAUACACUCCCUUUGUCUCAGUGAUUAGAUGUUUCUCAUCAACAGAACUGGUUGUCCUGUGUAUUCUGAGUCAUGGAAAGACCAGCAUGUAAGAAGUCAGUCCUUUCACAAAACAGAAUACAGAAAAAUUAAAAGACCAUGUUUUCUUUAUUAAUAUCUCAAGGGGAAUCAAAUUUUGUAUGAAAAGGAAAGAAUAUUUCCAUUAUAGUACUAAGUUAGCAUGAAAGUUUACUAUUAAAGUGUUACCUCUUGUUACUGACUUGCUUAUACAUACCAGAAGUGUUUCAUUAAAGAUUUUUCCUCUGGUUUUGGUUAGUAUUUGGACAAGAUGUGAAACUAUCAUCAUUUGGGGAAAUCCAGUACUAUGUUAAUUUCUGCAAAGAUUUAAAAAGUCAGGAUUUCACAUACCAAAAUUACCUACUUGAAGGAGUUAGUGAUACAGGUUUAAAGUCCCAUAAAAUUCUUUAAAAAAAAAUGCCCUAAUAUACAAACUACAUAUCUUUGUCAUAGUUUGGUACCCCUCAAAAACCAUCUUGCUUCCUUAUACUGAUUCAAAGAUUAAACUCUGAAUCAGUAAAUAUAGGCAUUAAGAAUCACUUAGCUACACUCAGAUUCCUGGGUGGUAGAGAAAGCCUGCUGUACUAAACUCUCAGUCAUUUUACUUCUGCAUAGUUUAAAGAGCAGGGGCUGCAGUCUGUUGCUCAGGUGCUGAGUCAAGUGUAUCCGAAGAGGUUGAGGUUACCUAUGGAGAGUACAACAAAUACAUGGGCAAGGUCACUAGGGAGCCUGAGGAAAGCAAGGCCAAGAAGCCAGAUCCUUUCCUACAGAAAAUAAAAUCUCUGCAGCCAAAAAUAAAAAUAAAAAAAAAAGCAAGAGAGGUCACCUGACGGUGUGGGCCUUUGCAGAAGCAAACCAAAUAACCUCAUAUUCAGAGUAAUUUCAUGUCCCCUGGUCAGAUUAUCCCGUGCCGGGUGGCAUUCUCGUUGUCCUCCCACCUAAUGGAUUUGGUAACAUGUGUUCAAACAUAUCAAGGAGGGUUGGGGUUGUGGCUCAGUGGUAGAGUGCUUGCCUAGCACGUGUGAGGCCCCGAGUUCGAUCUUCAGCAUCAAAUAAUACCUUUUUAUUUGUAUGUCCAACUACAACUAAAAAAUAAGUACUUAAAAAUAUAUCAAGGAAAUCAUCCCAUGUCAUCUUUACAUUUGUUAAUUUUAGUCUUAAGCACACUGAUUAUUCACACUUAAUAAAAACCUUUGUUUGCAAUGGAGCUUAACCUGGGCUCAAGUCUCUUGUAAGUGGCAGCUCAGUCACAUCUACCCUGCUUCACCUCUUGAUCCAGGUAAAUUAAGUGGCUCCUAGAGUGACCCACAAAGGACCUUGCUCUGCUGAGCUCUACUUUGGGUAAACCAAGAAUUCAGCAGGGAAACGGGAAAAGUUAAGUAGCCAUGUCCCUCAUCUUUUACCCUUAACAUUUACAUGAAAACAAUCUUGGAAGCAUCCUAAAGCCAGUCAGAGCGCAGCAUGGGUAAAGUAAGAGACAGAGAAAGAUACAUCUAGAAAGGAAAGUUGAAAGGAGAUGAAGGGCAGCAACCAAGGACCAAUACAGGAUGACUCCAAGGCCAAUCUUCCAACAAAUCACUACAGUCACCAAGGGAAGCCAGUCCCCAGAUGGGGGUUGAGGGACUUCCUGCUGCAGGUUAUUAAAUACUGUAUGCCUCUCAGGUCUCUAACACUUUCUUAAAGAAAAACCCAUACUCAGUUUGGUACCCUUUAUGUGUACACUCUUUUGUGGCUCUGUGUCCUCUCAAGUAGGAUUGAUAUCUGACAAGAGCUGUCUCAGACCUCUUUUUACAAAUUCCCUUUGUCACACCAGUGAUAUUUUAGAUGUUUCUCAUCAAUAGAACUGGUUGUCCACAGUAGUGUUCUGAGUCAUGGAAAGAUCAGUGUAUAGGAAGUCAGAGUCCUUUCACAAAACAGAAUACUGCAAAAUAAAACAAAAGACCAUGCAAAUCUUGGGAAGUAGCUGCAGUUGAAUCAUAGCAACUCUUGGCUAUUUCCUAAGGCUGUAGACAUAGUGGUUCAUCCCAUUACCUAAGCAGUGGGCAGCUAAGAGUGUAGCGCUUAGCUCCUGCCUCAGUCUCUCAAGUCACUGAGAUUACAAGUGUGUGCCACACAGCUAGGAAAGCCAGCAAUUCGAGAAAAUUGCUGUGAAAGUUCCCGUUUUUAUUUAUGAAAAAGUAUCCUACAGGUGUGCUUUGUGACAAGGCAGAUUCAGCAUCCCUCCUUGCCAGAGACCCUCUUUGAACCCUAAAUGAGAAUAUUUGGGAUUCACUCAAAAGUGAUUCAAAACUUUUUUUUUUUUUGAGGGAAGGGUGUACUGAGGAUUUAACCCAGAGGCAAUUUAUCACUGAGCCACAUCCCAGGGUCUCACUAAGUUGCUGAGGCUGACCUCAAACUUGCAAUCCUCCUGCCUCAGUCUCUCAAGUCACUGAGAUUACAAGUGUGUGCCACCAUAUUUUAUUGAAAUCUUGAAUUUGUGAACAUUAUCAUCGAGGCAAUAUGUAAGUGUUCUCAGAGUAAUAAGUGUUAAAUGAUAGAAAUGACCCUAGAGGCUGCAUUUAUUUCUCCUCAGCUUUCUUUGUUCAGGAACCUUUUCUUGAACAUCUGCCUUGUCAGGUGCAAUAAACACUAAGAGGAGCUCAUUUUCCUGGUAUUUGUUAUUGACUUACGGAUAGUAUUUCCUUUUCUCAUCUUCUAUUUCUCAGCCUUUUGCUUUACCAAAAUAGAAAAGCCUUUAUCCUCAACUUGCUUUGAAUGUCAGAAUUUGUCUUGACCAAAAGAGUUUCUCAGGUAUUCAGGACCCCUUGACUUAUUGGGAACUCCCAGGUUUCUAUGUGCCAAGCUUGGUCACCUGCUCAGUAUGUGAGUGGCACCCUUGCAUUCCCAGCUUAAAAUACAAAGAUGACCUGGUUGUAGCCCUUGCUGGGGAGACAGGAUGGUUAGGGUAGCAGAUGCGAGAUGAAAAGCUUUUUCAGUAGAGGCUCUUGGAAAAGUUCCUUGGGACAAUGAUUAUUUUGAGUGGGUGUGUCCAGAGACAGACUUUAACUUGGGCAAGUAAGCUGAUCAGAUGACUGUCCUCCACCCCCAAGGAAAUAUUGAAAAACGAACAAUACUUACUUCAUCUUAAACCCCUACGUGUAUUUGAUUCUUUUAUUCUAUUUUAUGGCAGUUUUUUGUUUAUAUUCCUCAUAAAACAAAUGUCUAAAAGUACUUUAGUUGCAUAGUGUUAAAUAAUUUUUCGUACCUUCAGAAAGAGGGAGAUAAUAUGAAUACUUAAAUUCAAAACAAACCAGUCUAUCCAUAAAUACAGACCCCAAAACACCACUGUAUUAAAACAUCAGGUCUGUUCUACAGUUCACCAAAGUAGUUCUUUUCCCAAAAUGCCAAACCUCAAACCUUUUUCCUAUAUGCUGGAAACAUCUUUCAUAUCAGAAUAAGCACAUUAUAAAUGCCACCCAAAGCAGAUUCUAAAAUGACAUGUGAAGCUAGAUUUACAACUGUAUCCACCCAAGCAGAUAACAAACACUACCCUUUUGUUUUCAGUUAAAAUACUCAUACAAAACUAUGACCACUUAGUCAAUUCACCCCAUCACAGGACAUCAGACCUUAUUUUGAAAGCCUACGUCACAUACCAGUGGAAAUUUUCAGCAAUGUUCUGAACAAGACAGGAUAAAUGUAAGAUGGCCAUAAGAAAGAAAUCCCAAUUCCCACUCUGAGCAGCGAAAAAUCUGGGCAUGAAAAAAGAAAUUGCAUGUGAGUCCAAACUAUUAAUGUCUUCCUCAUGUAGUUCUUGUCAAGUAAUAGAGCCUCAUGUUCUUUGAGGUGCUUAAACAAACUUUAUAAAGAAAAAAAAACCCUAGAUUUUCCUCAGGAGCAGUCCUGAUCUCUGACCUAGAUUCAGAACCUUGGGGGGCUGGGCUGGGAUUGUGACUCAGUGGUAGAACGCUUGUGUAGAACAUGUGAGGCACUGGGUUCCAUCCUCAGGACCACAUAAAAAGUUAUUGUGUCCAUUUACAACUAAAAAAUGUUGUAACCUUGGUUACUGAAAGGGAAUCUUUUUACUGGGAUUAUGUGUAAGACCACCAUUCCGACAGUCAACCGACUUAUCAAUCCAUGCUUUUAUUUUUAAACCUAUAAAACAAGGUGGGAGCAGAAUCAAACACCAUUGUAUGUAGGAAUUUUUCUUACAAAUAAUUUAACUUGGUAGAAAUAAGCUUACCUGACUACUCUUAAGAAACCCUAGGUUGGUAUACACAAAUGUGGAGGGCCUGUGCCAAGAGCCAGGCUUGAUAGGGCUCUGGAUUUCUCUCCUAACCCAAAGGACAGCAGAUUUUAUAUUUGGGCUAUAGGAUGCAGUGCAGGCCCAUUGCUGCUGGUUUUAUUUCCCAUGCUUUUACCACACAUGUCCAAUUCCUCCUCAGAUUCUAGGCCUUUCCCACCUACAGUGUACAAAAUACAUACUCUUUCUACUGGAAUUCACAGUUUGGGGCUUUAUGGGUCAAGGAUAUUGGUUCUAUGACUUUGUUAUAGGUUGUGUGUCUGUUUCUUGGUUUGGCUUCCUCUGGCAUGUGCCCUAAAAGACUUGAACUGUUUUAUUUGUAACCAUAUGACUGCAUAGGGUUAAGGAAAACCAGAUAAAUACAAGUGCAUAAAAUCAAGUGACCCCAGUCCCAUGAAUAGCCCCGACUUCUCCAGAAACACAAGCAAAUUGGAAGCAAAAACAAAACAUACAAAUGGUGCCCAUACCAUUCAACUGUGGGAGGCCUCCCUCCAGCAGGCACUGCUAUUCCUGACAUAGACCCACAGCCAGUGGUUAUAGCCAUGUGGUUUUCUGAGUUGCUUUCUCUUUCCUUUACUGGAAGAUGACGUAAGGGCGGUGAAGGGGGAGUUGGGUCUGCCCUCUGCCACCUGUGGUGUAGAUUUCCAUCUGUAGGCAGCAUUUUGAGCAAAGCACUCCUAUGGUUUACAAGAUUCCUUCAGUGCCAAUAUAUGAUUAUCUUGAUGUCAGGUUAAAGCGCCUUUUUUGUUUAAAAUAAUAUAUUUUUGAAGUGGACAAAAGAAACACUGGAAAUAAGGUGCUUCUUCUGGAAAGUUCAAGUGUAAAACAAGAUCUCUGGUGGAUUCAUCUGGCUUUGUAAACAAGUCUGAAAUGAAUGGGAGCUAAAUAUAUAAAGCAGUUUAUCAUUUUUAACUCAGAUCUGUAUUUAACACUUAUUUAUUUGUUAGUUUUUACAUUCAAAAGAAAUACACUUUGAAUUUUGGCUAACAUGGUAGGAUGUUUUUAAAUUGUUUUCUACAUUUUUAAAACACAAUUUCAUCAUUUUUGUAAACUUUUUUGAGUAGCCUCCUUUUCUUUUCCAGUAGACCAAUUACCACUCAUGGAUCUACAGAACUUUUUUUUUUUACUGUAUUCUUACAAUAAAAUGUAAACUAUUUGUAGCAAA